AUGCAAGCGGUCGUGUUUGCGCUGCUGGCAUUGGGGUGGAGAUGGCGUCUUCUCCCUUGGGACGCAUCUGUUGGCGUGCUGGCAACGACCUGGUAUCAACUUGUUGGAUUCAUUCCCGUCGACCAUGCCAUGUUUGCGCUGGUACAGGCGGCGCUAUCAGCCGUUGCUGCGCUGCGUCGGAUAAGCACAAUCUUUAUUGUCCACCUAGUUGCGGCAUCCGUGCGAGCUCGCCGGUUUCAUCCCUUUGGUCCUCAUUGCUCUUUUCUUUGUACCUUGACUCCUGACACCGCGGUUGUGAUCACUUGCUUGAAUAAGAAGGAAGAUUUUUUAUUGGGAGAUGAUGUCGUCGCUAAGUUGAUACAUGAGUACAUGUAUGCACUAUACGCUAGAGCGCGGCAUGAGAUGUAUGAAGCAACAACUAAAAAUGGAUUCUGGAUUAAUGUAUCGAGGUUAAGUUGUUAUGAUUCCAGGCGGGAACCCGUUCAACUGCAAAGCAUGUACCAAGUCAUGGGUGUAGUUGCAGUACCAUGGUCGCAUUUACAAAGAAAGUCUAGUUUAGCUAUUUAA